AUGUUGACGUCAAAAGAACCAACAAAGAGUGAUAAUGUAGAAAUUGAUGUGGAACCACGAAUUUUUGCUAAGUUACGGGAUGUUGGAACAAAUGGAGUGUCUUACUUAACUGAGGAUAUUAAAGAAGGUGAAGUCAUUGGUAUAAUCACUUUAAAAGAUGUAUUUGAGGAACUUCUUCAGGAGGACAUUGUAGAUGUCACUCAUGAAUAUGUUGAUCUGCAUAAAAGAAUACGUGUAGCAGCAAUUGCAACUGCUUCAUAUGUAGCCCGUACUCGCUUAUUUCAGAGAUUAUCUUCUAUUGCUGUUGGAACUAAAGGGGAAAGCCUAGGACUUGAUAAAAUAGAGGUUGCUAAUAAUUCCUUAUGGACCCAUGGCAAUGAUUUGCCUACUAAUCAGAGUCUAAUUUGGAAAAGGUCCUCUAUCACUGAACCUUGGGAGCAUGGGGAGAGUAUAGGACGAUAUUGGUCAACUUACCUUUCACCAUCAACAGGUUGUACAGAAAAUUGUGACUUCAGAGGAACUUAUAAUGCACAAAAAUUUCAGAAGAAAUGUGGUCAACCGGCUCAAAUAUUAUAUCAUAUACCAUGGACAUGGGUGCAUCCUGGUGAGAACUUGCUUGUUCUUCGUGAAGAGUUGGGUGGCAACCCUUCCGAAAUUUAUGUGCUCACACGAACCUGGCAGAAGUGUGUGGCCAUGUCUCGAAAGAUGAUAUGA